AUGCAGACCCUCUUCGUUCCCGCCGUCGUAUCCCUCCUGAUCUUCCUGUUCCUCACCUUCGUCCUCGUCCCCAUAUGGCGCCGCUACCGCAAUCGUUACAGCCAAUACCUCCCCGUGGAAACGAUAUCCAACCACACAUCCGGGCUGCGACACCGCAUAGUAAAUCGCUUCUCGAGGCUCACGCUGCCGUCGACGUGGAGCAGGAACAGAGGCGCGGUGGACAACGCAACGACGGACGAUGAUGACUUUUUAGAAGACGGCGAGGAAUUGGGCGAUGUACAUGAGCAGACGUUGAAUGCUAUCCGGCGAUUACAUUCGCACUUGGGCUCGGGACUGGAUAGCAAUAGGAGGCUGAGCAGAGACCUUGAGGAGGGAUUCAUGGAUGACAGCGAGGAGGAGCAAGAUCGGAGAUGA